GACGCGAUCACGCCGGAAGUGGCCCUGUUGGGAGGUGGAGAGACGGUUGGAGUGGUAGCCAUGAGCGUACCGGCUUUCAUCGAUAUCACCGAGGAGGACCAGGCCUCUGAGCUUCGAUCCUACCUGAAGUCAAAAGGAGCUGAAAUUUCAGAAGAAAACUCUGAAGGUGGACUACACGUUGACCUUGCACACAUCAUUGAAGUCUGUGAUGUAUGUUUCAAGGAAGAUGACAAAGAUGUGGAAAGUGUGAUGAACAGCAUUGUGUCUCUUCUCCUAAUUCUGGAGACUGAAAAGCAGGAAGCACUGACUGAAAACUUGUGUGAGAAGUUGCUGAAAGCUUGUGAUGGUGAGCGAUCAUCUCUCAGAUUGCAGUUGCUGCGUAAUCUUUUUCAUGGAAUGGAGGAGAACGCUCCAGCCAGGUAUAUUGUAUACUGUAGUCUCAUCAAAGUGGCAUCAUCCUGUAAUGCUAUCCAGUAUAUUCCUUCUGAUCUUGACCAGGUUCGCAAAUGGAUAUCAGAUUGGAAUCUCAGUGUAGACAAGAAACACCAUGUUCUCCGAUUGCUUUAUGAAGCGCUGGUGGAUUGCAAAAAAAGUGAUUCUGCAGCUAAAAUUAUGGUGGAAUUGCUAGGCAGCUAUACAGAAGACAAUGCUUCACAGGCAAGAGUUGAUGCUCACAGGUGCAUUGUAAGAGCAUUGAAGGAUCAAAACACAUUUCUUUUUGACCAUCUUCUUGCUUUGAAACCUGUUCGAUUUCUGGAAGGGGAGCUCAUUCAUGAUCUCUUGACGAUUUUUGUUAGUGGAAAAUUAGCAGCGUAUGUCAAAUUCUACCAGAAUAACAAAGACUUCAUUGAUUCACUAGGACUUUCUCAUGAACAGAACACAGCAAAGAUGAGACUGUUAACUUUGAUGGGAAUGGCAGUGGACAACAAGGAGAUUUCUUUUGACACUCUUCAACAGGAACUUCAGAUUGCUGAAGACGAUGUUGAAGCAUUUGUCAUAGAUGCUGUUCGUACAAAGAUGGUAUACUGCAAAAUUGAUCAAACACAACGCAAAGUAAUUGUAAGUCACACUACACACAGAACCUUCGGAAAACAACAGUGGCAGCAGUUGUAUGAUAGUCUUAACUCCUGGAAGCAGAACUUGAACCAGGUGCGGAAUAGCCUCCUCAGCAUUUCCACCACAUAAAGUCCAAAAUGUUUGGACUUGCCAAACAAUUCAUUUUUAAGGUCAUUGUCAGAAUUAAGAUUGUUUGUUUGUUUGUUUGUUUGUUUUAAAAGCAAAACAGCUAUUUGAAUAAAGAUCUGUGGAAUAAUUUGCAAGUUCCAGCAAUCUAAUUAAAAGCAUGUUUUAACUGUUUUUCAUUAUGUCUGGCAGCACAGUAAAUGUUAUGUAAAACUGAAAAAAUUCUAAAUUGCACCUAAAAUUUUUAACCAUAACAUAUCUGUUCAUUAACAGUUGAACACUUGCCAAAAAAAUGAUUCUCAGAAUUUCUACCUUGAAGGCAUGAUAUAACAUUAAGUUGGUGUUAUCUUUAUUACAUAUUCGGUUGAGCUAUUGUCAGCUUUCCUUUUCCGUGUGUGCUUGAGCCGGUCCAGACUAAGAAACCUCUCGAUUUUACUAAUUUGUCCUUUGAUGAUGGCAUACUGAGAAUCAGUUUCCUCCUCGAACAGUAAGUCUUGAGUGGCAGGCAUAGUGUUAGAUGUGGAAACCUCUGGUCCCUUAAUCUCUGGUGAUUGAGGAUGAAAGUAUGAUUGGGAACAAGUAGAAGAAGUUUCUGUAAACUUUCCCUGAUGUUUCAUUGAAGCAAAUGAAAAAGGAAUCUUGAAACCUUCGCCGGAGGAUGAACAUGGUUUUUCCUAAAUAUAGAAGACAUUUGUUGUAAUAAAACUCAUUAGCCUUUGUGACAGUCUUGUCAAUCAUCUUCGGUUUUUACUCCUACGCAGACUGCAGCUGGAAAUCCAGCAGGGUUUUACUGCCUGAAGGUUCGAUUAAGUAGUUGUACGGUCAUCAGAAUUUAAAAUUCCAGAUCUUUCAAACAAUGAUUUAGGAAUAUCAAUCCUAACCCAAAUCAGAUCAAGAAUUGACACUGUCUUGGGUUUUGGGAUAAUUCAUAUGUGGCAGUGAAGUGACAAUAUAGUACCCAUGAAUAAAGUUUACUGUCCAUUCAUAUAUCAUAACGUGGGCUAGGAUAACUUGAAUUAUUUCAAAUUAUGGCAGAGGAUUAGGAGUAGUGGCAGCUCAUAAUUGAAAUGGUUUGUAUUAAUUUGACGUUUAUUGAAGAUUUUCAUCUUGCACUCAUCAAAACAAUUUGCAAGAAUACUAACUGAAGGGAAGAACAAUAUUUAAACUGCUUGAGGGGAAUAAUUGUCAAGUUAACUGAUUAAAGGUGCUAUUGACAUAAUUGUUAUUUAACUGCCAGUCAUUGUUUAAAUUUUAACCUAGGCAGGUUGACUGAUUUCUCAGGACAGUACAACAAAAUAGCAAAUGGCAUUUGAUUUUAAUCAAUUCUAAAAUUAGAGAAUCUAUCGUAUUGAUUUCUUGAAUUGCUUAGUUACCAUAAUUGGCAUUUAUCACAGGUGGCCAAAAUAUUAUGUUAACUUCAUGUCAGUGGAAUUUUUUUCUUCAAAACUUUUCCAUUGUCAGUCCAGUGAAUACAAAAAGUAGGACCUGUAUGCAGUACAGAUUUUAGUGUGCCAUCUUUAAGAUUGCCACGAUAUUUCAUUCGGUAUAGGAUAAUUGUUCGAAAUAGAAGUUAGAUAUUUUAACAUAUCUUCUACACUAAUCCUGUGAAAUAACUAUGAAGAUUUCCUUCUGCAGAGUGGUGAGCAGUUAUAUAACAAACUAUUGAAACAAAAAAUCUCAAAGGAAGUCCCUGUGAGUAGUAUGAUACAGAAUGAUAUAUACAAUGGUCUCUUUGUACUCUGUGUCAGUUCCUUGUUGAUGUUGACUGAGGAAUUGGAGUUAUCUCUAGGGCUAGCCUUCUACUGCUCUCGAAGCUAACAAUUCCUUAUUAUCAAGGAUUAUUAUCCUAUGUAGCCCAUCUCCCAAUCCAACAGCUGUAGAUGUUUUCCAAGAGUUCCAACCGCAAUGAAUACCUGUCCUAGAACUCCCACAAUACCUGAGUUGCAGAUAUCUCCUUGAUCUAGCCUCUGCUCACAGUUCUAAAACUAACUUAUGCAUUUCCUCCAAUGAUGAAAUAAAUUGUGUUGAAGCCCC